GUAUCUCUUGUUUUAUCUCCUUUAAUUGGUUUCUCAUGUUUUUUAUGUUUUUCUGUUUUCUGAUUUGAGUUUGGAUGGUGUUGGUGACGACUUUGUUUCUUUGGAGAAAUCGAAGAAAGAGAGACUUUUAAAAAUUAGUGUUGUUAAUAAAGCCAGUUCAACCACCAAGACUCUAAACUGGCUGUAAAAUGUCUUCGAUGGAGAUAAUGAAUUUCCUUCCCAAUCACAUUCUUUAUUAGUAAUGGUACCACCAAGAGAUUUAAGCUUCCCAAGAAGCGUUUUUUGAUGACUGCAAUGGCGUUGAUCAUGCACCUAUUCCGCGUAAGCUACGGUCAGCUAUGAAGAAGCGAAAUCGCGAAUCUAUCUCUCCACCUUUACCAGAUUCAAAGAAACUGAACCAGACAAUGGGUUGUGUAGAAUCACCCAAAAAGAAUGGCCUGAAGAAGUCCAAACUGAACAUGAAACAAGGUAGCUCGGACUGGACCCCAAAGCAGGCCGUAGGGUCAAUCACUAAAGAUGAGGAAGAAGUUGUGGAGACCUUAUAUGCUCUGGCAGAAAUGUUCUCUGACAAUGACACCACCAAUAAGAAUAAAUUGGAGAAUUCCCCUUCAGAAGCAAAACCUCCAGCUUUGCCAGAAUGUAGGGAGAGCCCUACAACUGCAUUUGAAGCCUCUGCAGUUUCAAGGGAGGACUGGAGCUCAACCUGUCCCGUGAGAACUUCUGAGACUGCCCCUUCUAAUCUAGAAACUUCGCUGAAAGAAACUGCUAAAAUCAAUUCUUUGGACAAACCUAAAAUUGAAGAAAAAUCCGAUUCACAUGGCAAUGAAAAUUUUCCUAAGAAAUCAGAUACCUGUGUUCCUCAAGUGAAUCUACAUAGCAUGAUGCCUUCGUUGGCUAGGAGUUCUUGUAAUGAUAAUAAGCCAUCAUGUGAUCCUGCAAAGUUGUAUGUUAAGCCUGAAACAAGUUUGGAUUCGGGAUCAAAGCGGUCCAUUCAAAAGGAUGCACCACUUCUUGAGAGAAAACCACAGCUCACAAUGGGGGCCGCUGUCAGUGGAAGUCAAUUAGUACAAGAAGAUAUGGUCAUGGAUUCCGGAAAAAAGGGCUUAGCAUUAUGGCCAGGAUUGUCGCCGAUGGUGUUGCAUGGUUCUGGCUGUCCUGGUCCUUCUUUGCAGUCCUCUGCUGAAAAAAAUCCAGCUUGGCUGGAUGCGGCCGUAUGUGUCUCCAACCCCUGUUCAUUUGACAAUGGUCCUUCAUCUGGAAAGGUGAAAUAUAUGUCCAAAGAUUUCCCCGGUGACCAUCCAACGACUUCUCCACGUGUCGAAGAUGUCGGAUUAGUUCACUUUGGUGGUACCAACAAUAUUACUUGUACUACUGCUGAAAGAGAUUCAAGUGAAGCUAGAAGUGGUAUUCUUCAGCACAAGAGGCUUUAUCAAGAUCAGCAACAGAAUACUGAGGCAUCUCAAGCAAACACUCUGCGAAAGCAGAGUUUCGAUUUCUUGUCUUUGUCAGCUGGAAGUGUUGGAGGAGAAGCUAAUAACAGCUUUAACAGAACCGGAAACAAUGGAUUAGAGCCAUCAUCACACUUUCAAGUUUCUUAUCUUCAUUCACUAGCGCAGCACAAAUUCAUGCCUCUUUCUAUGUCACAAACUCACUAUACCUCAUCUGUUUACUCAGACCACCUUUCUGCAUCUACAUCCACACAGAAGAUAUCUCCGUAUCUCAGCAGCCCUUAUCUUGGCUCACCCCAUACCCCAGUCUUGACAAAGCAACAACAUCAACAACAGGCGUGGGCAGCGCAGCUAGCGUCCCAUUACAGACCUGGGGUAACUUCUACAGCGAUGAACCAAUUUCCAAGCUGGGUAAAUGGGAGACAGGAUCCUAACUUGAUUCCAUGCCCCCAGUCGAUUUCAUCAUUAGAAGUAGUUGGCCCCAAGUAUGGUUCAAUUUCUCAACAACAACAUCAGCCGCAGUUAGUGGCCAUUGCUUCAUCGUUACCACCUCCCAGGGUGAGAAGGCUUGACCACCAUCUCCCAUCAGUUUAUGAAGAAAUAGAAGGUGGGUUUCGCACUUCUGGUGCAUUGCCUAUGCAAUUACUCUGCAAUGAACGCCUAUAGAGCAGGUUGAUUGGUAGUAACAUUAUUUUAUUCUUUUCCAUCCUACUCGGAACUUUGAUGCAAGAGAAAUGUUGAUCACUCCGUACAUGGGCCAUCAAGUGAAUUAUUAAAAGUAAAGCAUC